AUGGACCCCCUCGCCUCGUGCUCCUACUCUUCGACCUCAUCCUCGCCCACACGCUUGCCACCCUUGGCUCACCCCUUUCACCCCACGUCAGAGUCAUCCUCGUCACUCCUCUUUCACGAUGAUUCUUUCGACAGCUAUUGCAUCGUAUGUGAUAGACUCAUCACACCACCCAAGGAGCCAGCGGCGCAGGAGACAAAGACAGUGACAAGGAAGAAAGGUGCAGCGGGUGGCACGAUCAGAGUCAAAAAUCCUGACGGCUCAACCACCACGCGUACUGCCAAUGGCACAAAGACGACUCGACCAGGUCUCAAACGGAAUACGAGUUCUGCGAAUCGGCUCGCAGCGUUGACAGCCACUACCACGACGACGACCACCACAACGACGACUGGCACCGCCGCGGCCGCCCCCCCUCCCAAACUCCACCACCCUUUGAUUCGAUCAAAAACGGCCGAACCUGUCUCUGUCCACCACGACUCGACCCUCUCUACAUCCGCUUCCUCUAAAUCCUCCAGCAUGGUGGCAUCGCCCGAAUCACACCCAUCCAAAACCCCUUUCCACUCCUCCAUCUAUUGCUCUAAAGGAUGCGCAGACCAAGACGCUGGACGAUCAAACGAAGCCUUCAAGCACCUCUCCAGGACCUUCUCCAACGAAUUCGCUCUCCCUCAUCCACCAUUCGCACAAGAACAUGGUAUCUACUAUGCGUCCGACGCCAAUGCCGACCCCCACGCUCCUCCUUCUCCCCUGUUCAUCAGCGGAAGCGAUACCGACUCUUCCAAUGCUGGUGGUCCCGAAGGUCCCGCUUGCUCUGCUCCCCGAGCGCUUGAAUACUUUCGCAUCUCCCGUGGUGGUCCGGAUGACGCCUGGAGAGAUCAUCAACGCCAACGUCGUAGCUCCAUGCACUAUUCCAUCGCCCCAGUCCCCAUGACGAGGCAACUCUCAAACCACUCCAGCGUCCACAGAGGAUUCGGAGGGACAGGAUUCGGAGGCAUGUCAUCGGAUUCUCUGUCGAGUCUUUGGAACCUCCCCGCGACCGAAGCCGACAUUGACGUUUUGACCCGAGUCCAAUCGUCGCAUGGCCACGAUCGAGGCGUUCUAGGCAGUGGAAGACGAUCCAUCUCAUCACUCCAAUCUGAACGCUCGGUCCCUAUUCCUUCUCGUGGCAGUGCUGGUCAAGCACCCGCAAGUCUCGUCCGAUCCGGCGUGUCACAAACAUCGCUCGUGAGCGGCGGCUCCCCAGCUGGAUCUGUCCCUCAGGAUCAGACUCUCUCACUUCUUCAAUCCUACGCCACGCAUUUCCCUAUUCGAGAGCCAACCGUAGCUUCAUCCUCCUAUUCAUCUCACAAGGGAGUCCUGCCUUCCAGUACGAGUGCAUCUCGUCGAGAAUCACUCUCCAUGACCCCUCAACUCCGAUUUGAUAUGCCUGCUCUUCAAUCGCGUCGGAGUGAAUCGUCCGCUACGACUUGGGAUCAAUAUGGACUCGAUGAAGUCGAAGCCAACAAUGCACGUGCGGCCAGAGCUGCUCGACAUGCUUCGGACGCGGGACUGCAUCACGCUGGUGGAUUGAGCGUGCCUCGAGCAUCCGGAUUCACCGAUAUCACACCUAAGCAGAGUCUCGAAGUGGAGAAUGGAAAGUGGAAAGUCAGGUAUGGCGCGCCAACCUUGACUUCCAGCGGGACCAUCAAGCAAAAGUCCAGACGACACGCGCCUUCACCUACUCGAUCACAUACCUCGUCAUCAUCCGAGGAAGAUGCCCAACCUAUCCGCCGACCAAGCUCUACAAACAUCUAUACCGCUUCCCCUCAACCUGUUCGACCUCCCCUUUCCAGAUCAAAAUCCCAAAACUCGCCCGAAAAAUCAACUUCAAUGCCUCCUCCAGCCAGUAUCCCCGUCAAAGCGCCUGCCGCUCACCUGGUCCGAUUGGAUUCACCCAAUCCCAGUGAAUCGACUCCUAAAGGGCACGGUCCGAUCUCUCAGAGUCCCACCUCGAGUCGAGUGUUGAACGCUGCGUUGGCGCAAAGCGUACCUUCUCGAACCUUUUUUACGUCCACCAGUCCAUCCCGCCAGGCCACCUCGGCCACAGGGAACGCCCCAAACGGCUCCUUCGGGGAGAUGCCAAACCUGGCGGCAUUGCGUCUUCAAUCGGGAGGGUCGGGUCGAUGCACGCCCAUGUCGGAUGGAGCUGCGCCGUCUAGAUCAGGAUUUAACUGGGCAGACCACGAGGCUAAAGGAGGCAAAAUGUACGAGUUGCCUAAAGGGUUGACUAUCGAUAGGUCGAAAGCGGGCUUAUUCUAUUUCAACUAA